GGGAGAUGGCAUGGUCUCAUGACGCCCGUAUCGGCAUCACUCCGGUUGGAAAAGAGAGAUGAGAGGAGAGACGCUUCCAUUAUUAGACCGGUGCUCACGGUCACGCUCACUCCUGGAGAUGCGCGCGUUGCUGCGAGACCAACCGAUAAGUUCGAGGAGAGAAUCGGCGAGGCGCUGAACUCCGGAGCACCGUUGCGUGAAGAGAUAGCCUAGCCUUCUGUAGGUUACACUCGUACAUGGAGAGACCGAACUAGGGUCUACGAGCCAGUCAAAGCAAGACUGCGCAUUAUCUGCACUUGGAUAUACCCAACAACGCACCCACACAUUCAUCCCAAACCGAGAUGAGGAACAGCUAAAGACCACGAAACUAAAACAACAACUCAACAACUCAAUAUGUAAUUUGGACUGCGCAACUGCGCAACUUGGAGUUAUGUUGGACACGGGUUUGUUUUCAUGAAUUCCAAACUUGUAUCGUUACACUGAGGACGUGCUCACGUUACAACAUAAACGAAUAAGUGCCAUUCAGAGACAAUUUAUUAUUUUAGGAAUCCAUUUUGCUUGAAUAAUGUCCAGGAUUAAGCAGAUGAAGUGAGUGACAUAUUUUGGUAACGCGCGCCAGUUAGUCUGUCAAGGCUUGACCAUUUUAUUAGCUAAAUCUGUUCAAACCAAUGUUUUCUUGUCCUUAUAGGAAAACAACUGCAUACCAUUUGAUAUUUAUUAGAAUGAUGAUAGGCGAUUUGUUUUUUAUGUCAUCUGUCAGCUUUAACAAUGCUCAGAUAGCCAUCCCGCUGGGCACACACUGGUUGAAUCUACGUUGUUUGCGCGUAAUUUCAAUGAAAUUAUGAUGAACCAAUGUGGAAUAGACGUCGAAUUUUGAUAUCUGUGCCCAGUAGGCUGCUGUGUGCAUCUCCAUUUGAGAGACAGCGGGGACUUGAGCACACUAACAUCUGAAGUAGGCUCCCCUGCCCAGUUUGUAACUGGUUCCCAUUCUCUUGUGUUGCCUUGUAUUAUAGGCUGAAAUUAUAUUUUAAGGAUAUUUCUGUGACCACCUGGACAUAAAUUCCCGCUUCUUUAAAAUAGUCAAACAAUUAAGCAGCUGUGAGAUUACGAUCAAUUCUGUUUCAUGUACUGGACAACUUUUAAUUGUUUGAACGGAUUUAUUUUCAGACAGCAAAUAUAAUUGCUCUCUCCUUUAUUCUGGCGCGCUCCACGGGCAUAGUUUAUCGUUUGGCUGCUUAGAACGAACUUGGAGGAUGAAACUGGGAGGAGGAUAGGGAAUGAACAGCGAUAACACAACAUUAAUACUUUUAGUUAUAGCCUAAUGUUUUUUUCCUAAACUUUUAGGAUAUAAUUUCAGCCAUCCUCAAUAUAAAACAACGUUACCAACAGCAUCUUUAUUACAACAACAUUUUAUUCUCACUUUAAUCAAGUCCAUCCAUCGUGUUACUCAUGGCUUUACCCUUGAAUAGUGCAUGUUCAGUGGGGCUGGGCGACGCUAAUGGUUCGACCAGCGGUUUUUCUCUUCCCUGCAAUCAGAGCGUCUCUUCCCUGCAACUGGCCCCCUACUCCCCCGAAUCCACGGCGCUCUUCGCUACAGCCAUCACCCUCAUGGUGGUCUUCACAAUCGUGGGAAACAUCCUCGUCAUCAUUGCCGUCCUGACCAGCCAUGCACUCCGAGGACCACAGAACCUGUUUUUAGUGUCUCUAGCGGCUGCAGACAUUUUGGUGGCGACCCUCAUCAUCCCAUUCUCCCUAGCCAAUGAACUGCUGGGAUACUGGUACUUCAAGUCUCUGUGGUGUGAGAUCUACCUGGCGCUGGACGUCCUGUUCUGCACUUCCUCUAUAGUUCACCUGUGCGCCAUCUCAUUGGACCGUUACCUGUCCAUCAGCCGGGUUACCUACUCUCGCCAGCGCACACCCAUGCGUAUUAAAGCCUCCAUCGUGGUGGUGUGGCUCAUCUCGGCCAUAAUCUCCUUCCCUCCUCUUCUGUCCCUAAAUAAGAGCGAGCCCGGUGGGGAGGGGAGUGAGAGGGGUCCUCAGUGCCAACUGAACGACGAGCGCUGGUACAUCCUCUACUCCACCGUCGGCUCCUUCUUCGCCCCAUGUCUCAUCAUGAUCCUGGUCUACAUGAGGAUCUACCAGAUUGCCAAGCAGCGCACACAGAACCCGCCAGGCGAGCCCAGGAAAGACGGGGUGGGCUCUGCCACCCCAAGUCAAACCCCUCGGGGGAUCCAAGCCAACGGGAAGGAGGACAGAGGGGAAACGCCAGCUAUGCCCCACAAAACCACCAGCGUCAGACCCCCCACACUGGCUGUUACUCCAUCACCGUCCCCCAACCUUGCCAAUGAGACCCCCUCCCCUCACAUCCCCACCACCCAAAACCUCCUCCAUCCUCCGGUUCUAUCCCUAGCCCCAACCACCACCUCCCCUCCUACCUCCCCCCUGGAUCCUUCACCCUCCUUGGUCUCACCGUCUUCCUCCCCCACCAUCCCCCCACCAUCCCCGGCCAAACCCAAACAUGGGGAGAAGAAGGUGAAGGGGAAGAAGGGAAAGAAGUAUAACAAUAAUAUGGACAGCUCAAACAGCUCUGACAGUGACAUGGAGAACGAGGAAGGGGGGAGGACUGGAAUCAACAAUCCUAGCAUGGCUGGUUCAGCCGGCAUCCAUUCUCCAGCCACCAUCCAGAAGUACAGGGACAUAAUCGCCACCUCUAAGGGGGCUCGGCUGGUGGCAGGGAGGAGGUCUAAGCCGGAGAGCACUCCGGGAGCAGCACGUCGUAAAGCCAUGGUGAACCGAGAGAAGCGCUUCACGUUCGUCCUGGCCGUGGUGAUCGGAGUGUUUGUUGUCUGUUGGUUCCCUUUCUUCUUCUCCUACUCGCUGCAGGCUAUCUGUCCUGAGACCUGCUCCCUCCCUGAUCCCCUCUUCAAGUUCUUCUUCUGGAUUGGCUACUGCAACUCCUGUCUGAACCCUGUCAUAUACACCAUCUUUAAUCAGGACUUCAGAAAGGCCUUCAAGAAAAUCCUCUGUAAGAACACCAAGGGCACCUUCUUCUAGACUGAAUGCUCUGUAAGGACAACAAUGGCAACCUUCCUUUAGUAAAGAGGCCUUAAACAGAUGACCUGUAAGGUCAGUCCUUUCUUUUCAGUCCUCUCUAAACUCUUUGAGGUGUAAAAAACAGCACAAAUAUUCUGUAAACAUUCUGACUGAUUUUAGAUUCUAAUUGAUGAUGUUACGAAGGGCUGCCGAUUCUAUAACGCUGAAUCAGAACAGCUGUAGGAUAGCUCACCUUGCAACAGAAAGAAACUUUUAGGGCUCGUUGUUUUAGUCCCUUGGUACGUAGCUGCAGACGUCUAGCCAUUACCUGGAGAACUGUGACUGUUCAUUGCAAGGGCAUUGUCUGGGGAGAGCAUGUGCAAAAUAUGUUACGUGAAUUCUACUCUGGGGGGCUUUAGAAUGAUACUGUGUAAGAAUCCAAGGGCAUGAUCCUGAUCCUUUAGUAAAAGGUAGGAGGUAUGUUCUGAUCUAUGAGCAUUACACAGUAUGUGUAGAAAGUUCGGAAAGGAAGAGAGAAGGAGGAAAAGGAAAAGAAAAUGCCAUUUUGGAAUUUUGGCACUCGUGACACUUGGACAUGUUGCUUGGAAAAUGACAGUACAACGCUGCUCUCGUCAAAAUAUGACUGACUGACUCACAUUAAGGUUGUCUGGGAAAUCUGUUUGAUUAAAAAUUGAGAAACCUUUGGGUAUAGCAGUACACCACUGCUCACUGAGAACUCCUGAUCAAAACAACAAUCUUGAGCGCUGCCAUUCAAGGACUUUAAAGCGAUGAAGCAAACAAAUACAAUUUUAUCAGCCGACUGAUAAACAAAAUAGAACAAUGCGAGGAGAUGAUAGGCCAGACCUGUUGGCCUGUUGAAGCAUCACCAGAGGCGCUUCUCUUUAUCAAAGGGCAGAACCACGAGGAACGCACAAGACCCUGGUCGCCUUUCCACUUAUGCCUGCAUAGUUACUUUUAUCCUGCCUCAGGAAUAGCAUGUGUUCCUGUAGAGAUGUUAUCCAUAUGAGAGA